GAUCUUUGACAUCCUCGUUUGCCUGGAUCGCAAUCUCCAGCGCUGCCAGAAAUUAGAGCAGAGCAGAGAAAGGGGUUAGAAAAUGGGGGUUAUGUCGAGGCGAGUCGUGCCCGCCUGCGGUAACCUCUGUUUCUUCUGUCCCUCAUUGCGUGCAAGGUCCAGGCAACCUGUCAAACGCUACAAGAAGUUGCUUUCUGACAUCUUCCCUCGCCAUCAGGAUGCUGAACCCAAUGACAGAAAGAUUGGGAAACUAUGUGAAUAUGCUUCAAAGAACCCAUUGCGAAUCCCAAAGAUUACUGAACUUCUAGAGCAAAAAUGUUACAAGGAUUUGCGAAACGAACAUUUUGGAUCUGUUAAAGUCAUAUUGCGUAUUUAUAGGAAGCUACUAUCUUCAUGUAAAGAGCAAAUGCCACUAUUUGCGAGUAGCCUACUAGAAAUAAUUCGGAUUCUCUUAGAACAAACCCGACAUGAUGAAAUGCAGAUUUUGGGUUGCAACACCCUUGUCGACUUUAUAAAUAGCCAGAUUGAUGGUACACACAUGUUCAACCUAGAAGGCCUUAUUCCUAAACUCUGUGAAUUGGCUCAAGAAAUGGGAGAUGAUGAGAGAGCUCUACAUUUACGCUCAGCUGGAUUGCAAUCGCUAGCUUUUAUGGUGUGGUUCAUGGGUGAGCACUCUCAUAUCUCGAUGGAUUUUGACACUAUCAUAUCAGUGACUUUGGAAAAUUACACGGAUAUCCAUACUAGACCUGGGAGUGCCAAAGAAGGUGGACAAUUUUCUGAAUCUCAGCACCAGUGGGUUCAAGGAGUGCUAAAAGCAGAAGUUCAUGAUUCAUCUUUUCCAGAUGUCAGUCAGAAGGUUCCUUCAUUACCAAUCCUGAACACCCUUGAUCUGGAUCCCACAAUUGAUACAGACAAGAGUCCCUCUUACUGGUCAAAGGUUUGCUUGCGUAAUAUAGCUAGAUUGGCAAAGGAAGCUACAACAGUGCGACGAGUGCUUGAACCCCUUUUCCAAAAUUUUGAUGCUGCAAACCAUUGGUCCCCUGAAAAUCGACUUGCCUAUCAUGUUUUAAUGUAUUUGCAGUCACUAUUAGAGGAAUCAGGAGAUAACUCCCAUCUGUUAUUAUCCAUAUUGGUCAAGCACUUGGAUCAUAAGAAUGUUGUCAAACAGCCUCGGUUGCAAACUGAUAUUGUAAAUGUCACCACACAAAUAGCACAAAGUGCAAAGCAGCAGGCAUCAGUUGCGAUUAUUGGUGCAAUAUCUGACUUGAUAAAGCAUUUACGAAAAUGCCUGCAAAAUCAAGCUGAAGUGUCCAACCCUACUAGUACAGAAAAAUGGAACCAAGAUCUUCAGUCAGCACUAGAGAGAUGCAUCUUGCAACUAUCAAAUAAGGUUGGAGAUGUGGGACCCAUACUUGAUAUGAUGGCUGUGGUUCUGGAGAAUAUCCCAACUAGUACUAUUGUAGCUAGGGCGACAGUCUCAGCUGUUUAUCUAACCGCAAAGAUGGUCUCUUCUGUUCCGAAUAUAUCCUAUCACAAGAAGGCAUUCCCUGAUGCUCUGUUUCACCAAUUACUCCUAGCAAUGACGCACCUAGACCAUGAAACACGCAUUGGAGCUCACAGCAUUUUCUCUAUUGUUCUUGUGCCAUCUGUACUUGUUCCUUCGCUACAGCGGAAAAUGAACUCUGUCCAGGCUGUUUCUGGCUUUUCAUCUGUCAGUAGAUCGGAUUUUGUAAAGGAUGGAAGUUUCUCCAUUAAGGAUAAAGGGAAAGACACAGGUGCACCUGCGAAUGGAGAGUUGAGGGAAGAGGAAAGUCAAAUAUCAGAUGUGUGUGAAAACCAAUCUGGCAAAUCUUACAGCUUCAAGAGUGCUUUGACGGGUGGAAGAGCAGAACUACCUUCCCUUCGGUUAAGCAGUCAUCAAGUGAGUCUAUUGCUUUCAUCCAUCUGGGUUCAGGCAACAUCUGCAGAGAAUACCCCAGCAAAUUUUGAGGCGAUGGCUCAUUCUUAUAAUGUUGCUUUACUGUUUACCCGAUCAAAGGCUUCAAGUCAUAUGGCUCUAGUAAGAUGCUUCCAGCUGGCAUUCUCCAUCAGGACUCUUUCUCUGGAUCGAGAUGGGGGCUUGCAAGAAUCUCGUAGAAGGUCUCUUUAUACGUUGGCGUCAUACAUGCUUAUAUUUUCAGCCCGGGCUGGGAAUUUCCCGGAGCUAAUUCCCAUUGUUAAAGCAUUAUUGACAGAUCAAAUGGUUGAUCCUUGUCUUCAGUUGGUUGAUGAUAUCCUACUGCAGGCAGUUUCGAUUGAUUCCAACAUGGAGAAGCUAUCUUCUGGAUCACAUGAAGAUGAAGUUGCUGCAUUGAAAUCUCAUUCAGCAGCUGAACUAGAUGACCAACUGUUGAAAGAAAACGUGAUAUCCCAUUUCAUGACUAAAUUCGCCAUAUUGUCAGAGGAUGAAUUGUCUAGCAUCAAGAAGCAACUCUUACUAGGUUUUUCACCGGAUGAUGCAUUUCCAUUAGGAGCUCCACUGUUCAUGGAGACACCGCGACCAUGUUCUCCUCUUGCCCAGAUAGAUUUUGCUGAUUUUGAUGAGGUGAUGCCUCCAGGUUCCUUGACGGACGAAGAAGCCUUCCCUGAGCCUAGUGGAAGUCAGUCAGAGCGCAAGACAUCACUUUCAAUCAAUACACUUGACAUUCUAAAUGUUAAUCAGCUCCUGGAUUCAGUUCUGGAAACGGCCCAACAAGUUGCCAGCUUCCCAGUCUCCACAACGCCUGUACCAUAUGACCAAAUGAAGAGCCAAUGUGAAGCCCUUGUAACGGGCAAACAACAAAAGAUGGCAGUUCUCCAUAGUUUCAAGCAUCAACAGGAAACCAAGGCGUUAGUGCUUUCCAGUGAAAGUGAAAACAAAUCCCAUGCUUCACUACCCAUGGCAUUGGAAUCUUCAGAGGGGGACUCAAAGGUGAAAGACGAGGAGCAAAUUCAAGCCAAAAACCAGCUCCUCGUAUGUUCGCGUGAGUAUGGACAGCAUUCUUUUAAAUUACCACCUUCAAGUCCUUAUGACAAAUUCUUGAAAGCUGCUGGAUGUUAAUGGCACUAUCUGUACCAUACAUUUGUACGUAACUAUAGUUCAUUGUUCUUUCCUCUUUCAUAAUCUUCCAGAAAUUGGUUAUUUUUUCAUUCUUUAGACCAGUUUUAAGUAUGCUUAGAUGCUUGUACCUUUCAUGCCCAAAUGCGAGAAAGGGGAGUUGUAAUGGAGAAAAGGGUUGUCUUCCAUUCUUGCACAAAAACAGCGUUGUUUUGAGUAUUUAAGCCUAUAUUUUGUUAAUAUUUAUGUAGAUAUCAGUUUGCUUUUAUUAUGAACCGGUAAACCCUACUACUUGUAUAUUGUAUUUUCAAACAUUUGGGAUAAGAAGGUUUGGUAAUACAACUUUGCAUUUUCCUACA